ACAACACCCAUAACUCCAGAAGAAUCUCUAAAUAGAGCGGUGAUUCCCGUUCCAUUGCAUUCAAGAAACCACCACGUCCUUCCCCUCGCCCCAAAAACUCACAAAUCACAGUACCAAACAAGCAAAGACUUAUUCUUUCCGAUCAUCAAUGGCUGAUUCUAAGCCAGUGGAGGUCUGUGUAAAAGCUGCUGCUGCUGCCCCUGGCAUUCUUGGAGACUGCCCAUUUUGCCAUAGGAUACUUUUGACCCUGGAGGUAAAGAAAGUACCUUACAAGUUGCACCUAAUCAACACUGAUGACAAGCCACAAUGGUUCUUGGCUGUGAACCCAGAAGGGAAGGUGCCAGUGAUCAAAUUUGAUGACAAAUGGAUUUCUGACUCUGAUGUGAUAAUUGGGAUGAUUGAAGAGAAAUACCCAGAACCCCCUCUGUCUGCUCCUCCUGAAGCCUCCUCUGUGGCUUCAAAGAUAUUCCCUGCUUUUGUCAAGUUUCUAAAGAGCAAGGAUCCCAAUGAUGGGACAGAGCAAGCUCUACUAGAAGAACUAAAGGCAUUAGAUGAACACCUCAAAGCUCAUGGACCAUAUAUCAAUGGCGAAAAGAUAUCUGCUGUUGAUUUGAGUUUGGCACCUAAACUGUACCAUCUUGAAACAACUCUUGACCAUUUCAAGGGCUGGAAAAUCCCUGAAAACUUGGCUCAUUUACAUAACUACAUAAAGCUGGUUUUUUCUUGGGAGACUUUUGACAAAACCAAGGCUGCAAAAGAACAUGUGAUUGCUGGAUGGAAGCCAAAGGUUGAGGCGUGAAGCUGUUCUAAAUUACGACAACGACAAAGCUCCUAUCUAUUCUGUGACAAGACAUGCUAUAAUUGUCGGCACUUUUCUUGUUUUUUUUUUUUUUUUGGAGGUGUGGGGAGAGAGAAGAGGGGGUUGAGUUAGUGUGUUUGGAUUGUAAGUUAUUUGUCCAAAUAUAUUUGCUUACAUCACCAUUAUAAUUUUCAA